UUCGUGACAGGUCCACGCGGAAGAGCUCCUGGCGUGCGUGGGUCGAGCGCAACGACGAACGGUCUCGCGUACGUGUUCCGGGCGGUGAGUGCAAUUAUGUCGGGUGACGGGCACCGCGGUUGCUCGCCGACGGACGCGGUCGCGGUCCCCACGGUAACGACCACUACGACCACGGUCGUAACGUCGUCGUCUUCAGUAAAACCGACAUCGUCCGGAGCCGGUUCGCAGCCGGCGGCCGCGGCCGGACUAUCGUCCGCGUCCGCUUGCACGGCCGCGGCCAUCGCGGACGCGUUCGACAUAUUCGACCACAGCGGCAACAGGACCAUCGACGUUCGCGAACUGGGUACCGUACUCCGCUAUUUGGGUUACGUACCGUCGCAGGCCGACCUCAGAGAACUGGCCGUGAACGUGGAGGACCACGAAGCCACCGGUACCGUUCAUCUGGCUGCAUUCUUACCGUAUGUCGAAAACGCCAUCAGCGAAUACAAGUACCAACCGGCUUCCGCGUCCGAACUAUUGAGCGCGUUCCGGGCCUUGGACCCGGAUAGGACUGGCAUGAUCAGUCGCGAGUGCAUCGAGUCGGCACUUAAACACGACGGCGAACCGUUUGAAGACGAAGAGCUCGAAGAAAUGAUGUCGGUCGCCGCCGUAGAAACGGCUACCGGUAGCAUGGUCAUACCAUACGAACUUUACAUCAAUAAAAUUCUGGUAACCAAAUGGGAUACGGAACAAUACGGUAACAGCACGACGACGAUCACCACUACCAAUGCCAAAACGUCAAACAGAAAAUGAUCGCGCAUGACAUUGAUUGAAAAACGAAAAUAUAUAUUCGAGAGAUGUAAACUCUAUAGUAAAGAAUAUUACGAGGCUGUUUUGUGAAACUUUAUAGUUUUUUUUGUCCUUAAGAUUACAGACUCUUUGAACACAUAACAUGCGCGCCAGCACAUUAUAUUCAAUCCGAUACGCAACGCAUUUCAUUAAGGCAUAAACGCUUAAAAUAAUAAAAACUCUGAAAUCAAUCACACUUGAUGUAAUUUAGUUUUAUAGUUUAUCUACGAGGAGAUGCUUUUCCGAAACUAUUCAUGCUAAACGAAAACUGAAAAAUCUGCAUCCUGAAUAGCUUUUUUUUUUUAUCAAAGUUGCACUACUGUUGUUGUGAACAGUUCAAACUUUUAAAUGUUCUCUCUACUCAAACAUUUACUGUUAGAGGAUACAGACAUUAUGAUACACUUAUGUACAGGAAUACCUACUUAGCUGACUGCGAGAUAGAUAGUGAUGAUCAAAAUAAGACCAAGACCAAAUCUUUCAAAUCUUACAGACCAUUAUUUUCGUCAUAAAUUAUUAGAUAAUGAAAUCUAGAUAACUAAUGUGUUUUCUGGGGAAAAAAAAAUUUGCAAAACUGCAAGUCUUGCAGUGAUGGUCUUAUAUUGGUCUUGGUCUUGCAUUUUCGGUAUUGGUUUGUUCUUGUUCUCGCAAACCUAAUCUUGGUCUUGGCCUUACAGCAAGAGUCUUGCGAGACCGCAAGACCAAGAUCAAUUUUGAUCAUCACUUAAAAUAGAGGUGGAUCUUGGGAGAGACACUGGACAUAAGAAGAUAUUGAGAUGGUAUGUAGAGGUCAUCAAAUUUUAAAAACAUAGGACUGUUUUUAACUCAGUUUUAUCAAAGUCAAAUAUG